GCAUUAUAUGCAUUAUAUCGGACUUUUUCACCUCUGCUAUCUAAAGGUGAAUUACAAAAACCUAAAAAUGAAAAUCUAGAGAGAGAUAAAAAAGGAUUGAUAAAGAUUUGGCUUCGAGAUAAUUAUGUUCAAUAUGUAAAUACGUUAUGUAAUUUUCUUAGACACGAAGAGCCAGGAUUACAGAUUCCAUCGUUAAAUAUACUGUUGAAUCUUCUUAAAAUCGAAUCCACAUAUCUUACAUCAGCGUCUGGGUCACACCAAUUUUCAAAUAAUCAUUAUUAUCAUGUUGUUGAAGGACUUAUUGAUAAUGAAAAUUUCAGUGAACCGUUAAAAACCGAAUUCGUUGAAAAGUAUUGGAACACCUAUGAUGAUUUGAGAUUUUACUUUUUAAAAAAUGCCUCAUUAGACGAAAAAUCAGUUGACAAAUUAAAUAGUUUAAUGGAAAAUACUUUUUCGAUACUUGAAAAUUUACGAACUAUGCCAACUGAUGCAUCAGAAAUUGAUGAGUUUUGGACAGGUCAUCCUGCACCUGAAUUAUCGAACAGUCAAGAAAACGAUGAUUGUGAAGAUGACUCAGAUAAUAUGUUGUUUGAUGAUUUAUUCAAUGAAAACUUCGAAAAGGAGCAGACAAAAGAAUCUCAAAAAGAAAUCCCUCAUAAGAAAACUAAAAAACCAGUGUUGCUUCAAUUAUCUGCACACAAAAGAGUUUUUUCUGAUUGCUGGUUAGCGUUAAUGAAACUUCCAAUGACACAGGAAUCAUACAAGAGAAUCCUUUUAAUUAUGCAUAAGAAGAUAAUUCCUCAUAUGCCACAGCCUACUUUAUUAAUGGAUUACUUAACUGAAUCAUAUAAUGCCGGUGGUGUCACUAGCAUUUUGGCACUCAAUGGUUUAUUCACUCUUAUUAAUGAAUAUAACUUGGAUUAUCCAGAUUUUUAUAAGAAAUUAUACACUUUAUUUGAUCGUAAUUUGAUGCAUGUAAAAUAUCGGUCUAGGUUUUUCCGUCUGGCUGACCUCUUUCUUGCUUCUACAUAUCUUCCUGCUCAAUUAAUUGCAGCAUUUAUAAAAAGAAUGUCCCGACUUUCAUUAACAGCUCCGCCACAUGGUAUAGUAAUGAUAAUACCUAUGAUUUACAACUUGAUUAGGCGGCAUCCAAGCUGUACUGUUUUAAUACACAAUUCAAAUGAGCAUGUUAACAAAUUGGGAAGAAAUCAUCCUUACAAUUUUGAUGAACCAGAUCCCAUGAAAAGCAAUGCAUUAGAAAGUUCCCUAUGGGAGAUGAAAACCUUACAAGAUCAUUAUUUUCCUAAUGUCGCAACCUUAGCAAAGAUCUUCCAAGCCAAAUUUACCAAACCUUCUUAUAACUUGGAAGAUUUUUUGGAUCAUACGUACUUAACAUUAAUCGAAUCUGAGCUGAAUCGUAAAUCUAAAAAGAAUAAGAUGCCUGCACUAUCAUGUGAAAGGCCAAAAUAUAUAUUUCCAGCAGAAGAGAGUAUAGAAUUGAUUUAUAAAUCAGAAAAAUUCGAUGUCAAUGAAAGAGAAUUAGUAUUUGAAAACAUGAAGAAAGGAUGGGAAGUAUGGCAGUUUUGA